UACGCGAAAGAUCGUCGAGAAGAUGAAGUCGUUCGGGAAUCUGACCUUUGGUCUGCUCAUCAUCCUCAUCGCGGGAAUCAGCGCCGGUGCAGAAGCUCGUCGCCUGGUACUUCGUCCGCUGACGGGAAGGGAACUGCGCAGGGCUCUGAGGGAAUCCGGAAUUGGUGACGAUUCUGCAGCUGGAAAAUCGGUUGCCUCGGCCUUGCACGGACUGACUGGAUUCGCUCUGGGCAUCACGAAGGGAAUUGGUGGCUCCAUUCUGUUCGACGUGGUCACCUCAAAUGCGACCAUCGAUUAUAUCACCAGUCUGCUGAACUCCACCGCCACCUCGACGACCAGCAAUGGAACCGCCCAGGAGAUCUGCUUCAACAGUCGCAGUGUCGACGGAGAGAUCAUCAACGGCAGGAGCAAUCGCUAUGAUGACCUGGAUGAUGGGGCAGAACCAAGCGGAGAGUGGAGGCAGACUUCCACUGGAGGCACUAGCACUGGCACUGGCACUGGCACUGUCACUGGAACCACCCCUACUGUUUCUAGUCCUACUACUUCCACUUCCAACAGCAAUGGAGUCACCUGCAUUGUCCUGAGUUCAAAGGGUCGUCGGAGGCGUCAGUUGCAAAUUCAAGCAGGAACCCUAAGAUCUUUAGCCUUAAAUCAACGUACACCCCAUCGCCAGACAUUAAAGAAAUACCGCAGGCGUAGGUUUUAAAGAGAACCCUUUGCCUCUACUUUAAGUUAACUUAUUUAUUGAUUUCGAUUAGUUUAUUAAAUUUUAA